CACACUGUGUGGCUCAAGACUUGCGAAUGUUGAGAGGUAUAGCAAAGGUUUUUCUCAGGAUUUUUGGAAGAGUGUACGAGCUGCGGCAAACUAACCCGGAGGUCGGAGAAGUACUCCAGAUAACUGAAGAGGGUACCAACCGAAAGAUCUUCUAUCUGGUUACCAAGGAAGCUUCACAUCAGAAACCGAAUUACGAGGAUGUCUGGAGCGCUUUGUGUUCUCUUAGAGAAGUGUUGCUUGCCGAGGACCUGAGAAAACUGGCAAUACCUAAGCUGGCAUGUGGACUGGACAACCUGGACUGGAGAAUCAUCCGAAGCAUGCUUGAGGUAGUCUUUCGGUAUACAGACAUUCGAUUUCUGGUGUGUUGUCACAGUCCUAGAUGGCUACAUCCUGGAAACAGUGUGGUUGUAACUUCUUCAAGAACUCCUACUGCAAGAAAGGGCAGUCGUGCCGAUAUCGACAUCCACCACCAGUAAGACCAUUCCGGGACGGAAUGACUUUAGGGAGGUGGCAGUGAACAAGAAUGAAUAGUACUGUUGGCGCCAUCUGUUCGGGACCGCGCCAGAGCUUCAUGUCCGAUCUGUUUUUACGCGGAUCGCAACCAUACAUGCCGCUUGAC